AUGAAAUCAAAAGAGGAGGUAUAUCAGUGCAAAACUGGUAAAGCACUACUAAUCCUAGAGGGCAAGACAAUGCCCUGCGAGAAUGACGAAGACUGUAAUAGAGUGUUGGGCCAGGAACUAGCACAUCAAAGUAAAUGGGAUUAUGAAUGUAUAAAGUCAGGAAAUGCAUUACCAUAUUGCUGCCCAGUUCACAAGUGCGGAGAUGAUUUCACGUACAUGAGGACUGAGCUUGAGUGCUCCGAUCCAGAAGAUUGCAUGAAAGAACAAGAGGAUCAGAGCGAUGCUGAAGCACGUGCCGUGUGCACGCCAUAUGUCGAAAAAAAUGUAGAGAAUGGAAAAAGAUGUUGCCCAGUUAGUAAGUAA